AUGGACGAAAAAUCCGCGCCUACCUCACUUGAGGACCACGACGAUGAAAUCUUUCACGUCCAACCUAGACCCGAAGCCCGAAUCAGAUUCGGCGCACGAGAUGAAGAGACGGGCAGACAAAUAAAUACACUCCCUAGAAUGACUCGGACAGCCACAAAUAACUCGCAGCUAUCAACCACAAGCUCAAGGCGCCGCAGAGUUUCCAUCGAUCCAGCAACUGCUCUGCCAAUUACUUACCGCACAGUCUCUUUUGCCAUUGAGGAAACUAAAGAAAAACAGCGAGUCGAUGCAGACCGUGCAAAGAAGGGCGCUGCAGCUGAGCUUGGUGAUUUGGAGUGGCAUACUUUGUCGACAGACGAUGUUGUAAAUAUGUUGGAGACAUCACUUGCUCAAGGUCUCUUGAAAGAACAGGUUGAGGUUAAGACAAAAGAAUUUGGAAAGAACAUGCCUUCAAAGCCACCUUCAAACUUGUUCUCGAGGGUUUUUGGAUAUCUAUUCGGUGGAUUUGGAUCGGUCUUGCUGAUUGGUGGUAUUUUGGUUACUAUCACCUAUGAACCAUUAGGAAAACCAAAUCCGGCACAGGCAAAUCUUGCUCUUGCAAUCGUACUUUAUGCUGUAUUCGUCAUUCAAGCACUAUUCAAUGCAUGGCAAGAUUGGUCGUCAUCUCGGACGAUGGCAUCUAUCUCCGGCAUGCUUCCCGACGACUGCUUUGUCCUCCGCAAUGGCAACCGCGUAGAACUUGCCGCAGUUGAUCUAGUUCCCGGUGACAUACUUUAUAUAAAGGCCGGUAACAAGCUACCUGCAGAUGUUCGGUUCGUUGAAAUAUCAUCCGAUGCUAAAUUUGAUCGCUCCAUCUUGACUGGCGAAUCGCAACCUAUUGCUGGUUCAGUCGAAAAUACAGACCUCAAUUACCUGGAAACGCACAAUAUUGGUAUGCAGGGAACUCAUUGCAUCUCCGGAAGCGCGAUAGGAGUCACUGUGAGCACGGGAGACAAGACGGUCUUCGGAAAGAUUGCUAAAUUGACCAAUACGCCGAAGACAGGCAUGACGACACUGCAAAAGGAAAUCUUGAGGUUUAUCAUAAUCAUCUGUUCCAUCAUGAUAUUCUUCAACAUAGUUGUCAUUGUCUGUUGGUCUGCAUGGUUGAGACACUCCCACCCUGACUGGAUUUCCACUGCUGGGUUGAUUAUUGACAUCGUAACAGUGGCAGUCGCAUUUAUUCCUGAGGGUUUGCCCAUCGCACUAACCGCUUCCCUGACCAUUACGGCGAAUAUAAUGAAGAGCAACCAGGUCUUAUGCAAAUCCCUAAAGACUGUCGAGACUUUGGGAGCUGUAUCAGUUAUUUGCUCGGAUAAGACUGGAACAUUAACAAAGAACAAAAUGUUUGCAACCGAGUGUUCAAUCGCAGAGAAAACAAUGACACCUGAGCAAGCUGUUGAGUUCCAAAAUCUCAAUGGCAAGACUAUCAAUUCCGUGGCUCAACUGCGAUCCCUUGCAGGUUUAUGCAAUGCUGGCGAGUUCGAUGCUGCUACGCUCAAUCUUCCUCUCGCGGAAAGGAAGAUUGCAGGAGAUGCGACAGAUCAGGCAGUUCUUCGACUAUCAGAGACAUUUGGAGAGGUUCGACAAUUGCAUACUUUAUGGAGAAAGACUUUCGAGCUAGCAUUCAACAGCAAGAACAAAUUCAUGAUCAGGACUCUGAGGCUAUCUGACCCCGAGGGCUUGAGACUUGCGGUAUCGCCUGAGGAGCUAGCCGAAUGGAGAGAUGAUGAUCUUCUGUUGACUAUUAAAGGAGCCCCAGACAUUCUAGUGGAGCGCUGUACUAAAUACGUUGGUGAAGAUGGACAUGUGUACCCGAUGAACCCGGAGAAGAAGGCGUCUAUUGAAGAGAUAAAAAACAAAUGGUCAAGUCAGGGAAAGAGGGUGAUUCUACUUGCAAGAAAAGUGCUUCCAGGCCACCAAAAACAGCAUAGGCCCGAAAAUAACACUUUUGAGGCCGAGAUUGUGCGACAGGCUGGCAGCGAUUUGACUUUAGUGGGACUUGUUGGCAUCGUUGAUCCUCCUCGAGAUGAAAUUCUAGAGGUAGUCAAGGUUCUAAGAAGAGCUGGUAUCCGAAUUUUCAUGGUCACUGGUGAUUUCAAACUCACAGCUCAAGCUAUUGCUAUUGAAUGUGGCAUCAUCACUACCCCUUCUGAGAUGAUUCACGAUGUUUCUAAGCUCAGCAGAAACGGUAUAGAGACCCCAAAAAGCAUUUCAAGUGGUGUCAUGUCUGAGAAAGACGUGGACUCUAAGCACGGAGACGCGAGAUCGAUAGCUCUGAGCGGUCCGGAUUUGAUGAGUUUGAACGACAAUCAAUGGGAUCAACUUUGUCAAUAUGAAGAGAUUGUUUUCGCACGUACUACUCCUGAGCAAAAGCUACGCAUCGUCAAAGAAUUUCAAAAACGCGAAAAUAUUGUAGGUAUGACGGGCGACGGAGUCAACGAUGCUCCAUCUCUAAAGGCCGCCGACAUUGGUAUCGCUCUCGGAAGUGGCUCGGAUAUUGCCAUUGAGGCUGCCGAUAUGGUCCUUCUCGAUUCUUUCGGUGCCGUUGUCGAAGCCGUCAAAUAUGGUCGUGUAGUCUUUGACAACCUCAAGAAAACUAUCAUCUACCUUCUUCCCGCAGGAACCUUCUGCGAAUUCCUCCCCAUCAUUACCAACGUCAUUCUAGGUCUUCCUCAAAUCCUGAGCUCUUUCCUCAUGAUUAUGAUUUGUUGUCUCACAGAUUGUGCUGGUGCCACAGUUCUUGCUUAUGAACAACCGGAAGCCGAUGUACUUUUGAGGAAACCGAGAGAUGUCAAGAAAGAUAAGCUGGUCGAUUGGAAAUUGUUGUUCCACGCCUACAUCUUUCUGGGUGUACAACAAGCCAUUGCGUCGUUUGCAAUGUCUUAUUGGUAUUGUCAACGGAGAGGAGUUACAUUUUCGAUCUUGUGGUUGGGAUAUGGAAAGUACCCGCCUCAUUUGAGUGAUGAGUAUGUACAGCAAGUGUUGGCUGUGGCGAGUAGUAUUUAUUUUGUCAAUUUGGUUAUUAUGCAGUGGUUUAAUCUGAUGGCAACUCGUACCCGUCGCCUCUCAAUUUUCCAACAACCACCUGCAUUCAAUAAAGCAACACAAAAUCUCUGGCUAUUCCCGGCAAUACUUUUCGCCCUCGUCGUUAUAUUCAUAUUCCUCUACAUACCAGGAUUGGCGUCUGCAAUCAACAGUAGCCCAAUUCCAGUGGAGUAUUUCUUCUUGCCGUUGGCUUUCGGUAUGUGGAUACUUUUCACAGAUGAGGCGAGAAAGUUUUGUGUGAGGAAGUGGCCAGAGGGUUGGUUGGCGAGAAUAGCUUGGUAG